UUGCCCUCCUCUUCUGUCCACACAGAGUCACGCUAUUGGUGGAGGAGUGAUGGGGGAAGUGCUGCUCUGCUCUGGAAGUUAGUUAGUUACCUUCUGCCUGUAAAACUGUUGAACCCAAGACAGAAAGAAAGAGAGAAAGCGGGUAUUUUAGAGCAUUGUUGUGGGAGAAAAGUUAACUUUACUUGGUGGAGUCGUCAUGGAGUUUAGUGAAGAGUCGUCGCCAGCUCUGGCUUUCGAGAAGGAAGCGUUUGAGCUGACGGUGGAGGAUGUUUAUGACAUCUCCUAUGUGAUCGGACGAGAUCUGUUGAAAAUCAGCAGCACAGGCGAAGAAGUGUCGGAUCUACAGUUCAGGAUAGUCCGUGUGUUGGAAAUGUUCGAGACUCUGGUGAAUAAGUACAACUUGUCUCUGGAGGAGCUGAGAAUGGAGAGGGACAACUUGAAGAGUGAACUGGACCGGAUCGUCAAGGAGACCUCCUCUGGGCAGGGCACACUAACAGCGGGACCAAACCAGAUGGUGGUGGACCUCACAGACCCCAACAGACCGCGCUUCACCAUGCAGGAGCUGAAGGAGGUUCUGCAGGAGAGGAACCAGCUCAAAGCGCAGCUCAUGGUGGCUCAGGAGGAGCUGCAGCUCUACAAGAGUGGGAUUCUGCCACAGGCUGAACCCGCCAUGGUGGAGGUGGAUCUGGACUCACCAACACCCACAGUGCGCAGUCCAGAUGAUGUAAAAGAGGAGAGGACAACCAUAGGCAAACUGUUUUCAUUCAGGCGAAAAUAAGAAAAAACUUUCACAAGAACUGACCAUGUAGAAGACAAACAGGAUUUGUCGGCACAAUUUCCUCAUCCUUUAACCACUUUUAUAUUGGUUAUUUUUUACAAUGUCUAUUUGUCAAUCUAACAAAGCACUGUAUUUUGUACUGGUAAUUUAAACCUGUGCUGUAAUAGAAAUAUAUAUUAUGUGGAAAGUUAGGUAAUGCUAUGAAAUGAAACUGGAAAGUAUUAUCCAACUAGUGUUGGAGAUUAUGUUGAAUGCACUCACUCAAAAUGAAGUGAUUUAUAGGCUUGAAAUGUCAUUUUUUUUAUAAAUCAAAAUGAAAUCUUCAAGGGGGCUUCAUGUUGGUCCAGUAAUCUAAAACAUUUUCUGUCACUCUCAGCCAUCAGCUAUCAAAUAAAGGAAAGAGGGCCCCACCCCCCAAAAUUUAAAAGAAUAAUUAAAUAUUAUUACAUUUUUGAAUAGUUUUUUUUUCUUCUGAUUGAAUAUUUAAAAAGUGUUAUAUCACAUUGAUGAUAUAGGUUCUGAUCUGAUGUCAAAGUUCACAAAAAAUAUUGUAUUUUGAAUUCAGGAAAGUCAAAGUCCACUCAAAACUUUGUUGCACACAUCCAAGGUACUGUCAGGGCACUGUACGUUUUUCUAGCUCUGACAUACAAUAGAAACAGAGAUGAAAGAUAAUAUGCACUGUGUGAAAAAUCACUUAAUUUUGACCUAAAUUUAUUAUCCUUACGGGUCUUUCAGUCUCGUAUCUCCUUUGCAAUACUUCAUCUUCAACUGCACUGUGGGAUGGACGUAAUUAUGUCAUUGGGUAGCCCUGUUAGCCUGUAGCAGUGGUUCCCAACCCAUUUCCUUCCAUAUAAGAAAAGCUGAUUUUAUGACGUCAUCACCCUAAAAGAAAUUACGAAUCCUCGAACAAAGUCUUCAAUUUGAGUAAAGUUAUUCAGUGUAUUAAGUUUAAAUCAGUGCCUCCCUUUGUGUGCAGCAAGCAGGAGAGCAAACAGUUUUUGACCGCAAUGAAAAUGUUGUUUUUGAAAGGCUAAACACCAACAAAUAUGGAUUGAAGCAAAAUAUUUCAUUACCCAUGUUGUGAAUUUUGGAAA